AUGACGAGAACCCCUCGUUCAGCUCCCUCACCAGCUCCAGCUCCAGCUCCUACACCUGCACCACCUGCCACCCCUCCACCAGCCACCGUUUUUACCACCAUCACAGCUCAGCUAGGAAACCUAUUCCUCUGGCGGUCUGAUCAUGCAGGGCCACCCGUUGUCGACGUUCCUUUGGCGCAGGGUGUACAGUGUAAUGCUGAAGCGGGUGCUCCUGGGAGUGACGAUUCCUUGAUACGUGAUGAAGAUUAUCAUGGACCUCCUUCACCGGACCCCAAUUUACAACAGCAACAGCAACAGCAACCAGUAGUAGUUCAGAUAGACUCCGGGGAACACGGAGGCGGCCGGUCAUACUGCUGCUAG